AUGAUCAAACUGGAAGAAGUAUUCACGCUCGAAAUUUUAAUAAAAAUUUUGAGCAAGAUAUUUGUAAAGGGGAACUACUGCAUAACGAAAGAAGACAUCAACACAAAGAACUGCCGAGUGAUGAUUUUUGAGUCCAAAUUGGACAUGGCCCAUUAUAAGAAAAAUGGAGACGAAGAAUUCAUAAACAUGCUCUUUUAUUUUUACAACAAGAAUUAUUUGUUCUUUAUUGUAUACUGUCUGAACAAGAAAAAUAUUGUCUACUUGAAUUUCUUCAACCCAUUGCUAAGUGAGAAGGAAAGUAUCGAGUCGAUCAAUUUGUUUUUUAUUAACAAUUUUUUCCCUCAUAUUAUUUUGGGCCUGAACAAUGGAAAAGUCUUCCUAUACAAUCAUGAAGGUAUAAUCUGCAUGCAAAAUAAAUUCGUAGAUAGUAAAGUAAAACUGAUUUUUGUAGAACGCCAAAAGGAAUAUAUUCUCUUUGUGUAUGAAAAUAACACUGUGGUAAAUACAAAUUUAUAUUUGAUUAAAAGAGCGUUGGAAAGUAAUUCAAAAAUAUUACCACUAGAUUAUUCCUUCACCGUUAAUAAAAAUAUUAUAAUAAAUCAUAUCUUUUUGAGAAACAAUAAUUACUCUGCUGAUGUUUUUAAAAAAGAUUUAUAUUGCAUCUACAGUAGGGAUGAUUUGUCUAGGUACAUCACAGACGCUAUUAUUUCACAUCAUCCCCAGUGGAAUAGAAUUGCCAAUGCCAAUUAUGUAAUAACAUCUAAGACCAUGACCAUUUCGAUACUUUGUCUUAUUCGACAAAAUGCUACUAAUAAUGACCUUUUAACAAAGAAGGAAAAUUUUGGAGCAUCAGAAAAGCUGAGUUCCAGAAUUAAUAAUUUUUUGAAAAACAUGUUUACGAAGAAAAAUGAUACGUCCAGUGGGAUGGUAACUACGUCGUCUUCUUCAGGAGGGAUAACUUCCCAAUCGGUGGCACCUUCAGGUGGUUCAGCCUCAACAGCCUUGUCACUUCCUUCUCCGGGUUCUGCGUCUUGUUCCACUGGAGCACAAAUCACAGAACCUAGUGCUAUCAUUCCACAGCAUAACACAUCAAAUACGUAUGGAAGCGUUACAGAUAAUCUCACCUCACAAAUUGUGCACUGUUUUAACGACGCGAAGAGACAAAUUAUUGACAUUUGUAUUUGCCCCUGGAAUCAAAACUUGGUAUUGGCUUUGGAUAAUUUAGGAAGGAUAUGUCUAUUUAACAUUUGCACUUUGAACAUUUUGCACAUGUGGAAAAGUUACCGAUCAGCGUUUAUGAGUUUUAUUCAGAAAAGAAAAUUGAGUACUCGUCCUUCGGCUAACUUGUCCAAAGGGGCGAUAGUCACUGGUACAGACGCAACUGGUACAGAUGCAACUGGUAAUGGGGAAAACGAAGACCAGAUGGAUGAUAAGGCAAUUUUUUUUUACCUAAAAACGAGAAACCUAAUCGAAAUUUGGGAUCUCAGAACGCUACACAAGGUGUAUAGCGUGCGUACGUAUGAAGAUCCUCAGCUUUUUAAAAUAUUUUUUGCUGACCAUAACGUUCCGAAUAAAAUAUACUUCUUCAGCACCAGUCACCAUGUCUUCUUGAUGAACACCAACUUUGAGUUGUUUCAUGUCAAGUGGCCAGUCUGA